AUGGUGGCCGUGAGAGAGCUUUGGUUGUUAGUGAAGAUUGAUUGUAACAAAGAGCCGAUAUGCUAUAAAUGCAAGGAGAAAGGUCAUAUGACCAUAGAUUACAAAUCUUCAGAUACAAAAAAGAUCAACACGUUUGGGUUUGGUAUCCCAGGGCAGGGGUUCUAUGCCCUCAUUUUCCCAGAAGCCAAGAUUAAAACUCACCAAUCUACUGGCCUAUUGACUGUCUUGGAAGGAGAAGCCUGUGAGGAGAAAGUAGACAAAGAACUAAAGAAUUUGGUGAGGGAUAAGUGGGACUUCAAGGUAAAGCAGAUACAUCAUCAAGAGUUUUUGGUAGUGUUUCUUGACAAGGGGUCACUGGACACUUUUACCAAACUUGUUGAAUUCCAAAUGUCACUUUAUCGCCUUAAGGGGAGACUUGAAAGAACUGUAAGGGAUUCUAAAACCUCUUCCUUGUUACUCACUGUUUGGAUCAAGGUGCAUGGGGUACCAGAUUUUGCUAGAGAAGUGGAAGCUAUGAAGGAGAUUGUGGGAUUGGUAGCUGAACCCUUGGUGGUGGAUGAGCUUAGUUUGAUCAGGAAUGAGCCAGUCAGGGUUCAGGGGAGAUGCCGUAAUCCGGGUGCUAUCAGGGGUUCGAUAGAAAUUUUCUUUAAUGGGAUUGGAAAGCUUAUUCGGUUUGAGGUUGAAGGAGUUAGCUAG